CUACCUUCUCUAGUGUCGUGCCCUGCCACACAGAUCCAACCAUGCCUGCAGACGGAAAAAGUGAUAUGGAGAGGGUUGGCCUCUUCAGUGAAAUGGGUUAUAUUUCCAUUGGAGAUAAAUAUGUAUCACAUUAUAUGCGCCCUUUUAAUGAAGCUGCAAGCAAGAACAGACAGAUGUUACCUGGGGGGAGCAAAGCAUUGUCAGCUCUUCAGGCAGGUUAUUUUGAGCCUCAGUUUGUGAGAAUUUUUGAUGGUGAAGCCUACUCAAAUCCUGUUCAGCUAAGGAGGCGCUAUAGAUUGGCAGAAUCAAAGAAAAAUUUGGGCAGAGCUUUCCUUCCCAGUAAUGGAGACAAAUUGCCAUGUGGACUGGGCAGCUAUUAUGGAACCAUAGGAGGUCCAUAUGCAUACUUCAGCGCGCAACUGAAAGCCAAAGAAAAAUACAUUCCUCCUGGAAAGAAUUUUUAUACUAAUCCAGGAAAGAAAGGAACUGGAUAUGGAUACGCAAAUGUUACCAUAGGUGAACAAUAUCCACAUGCACCUGAAGUAUAUGAAGCAGGAAGAAUAGCUGCAAAGAAAGCACUAGAGGAACAUCGACGUCUGGUUAAAGGAGGGCCUUUCAAGUUAAAUCUGUAUCCCCGGGAGUAUUUUGAUAUUAAUCCCUAUUUUACUGACCAACCUUUGCCACCAGUUAAGCAACAACCUCCAGGAAAGAAAAUUGCGCCACCUUUUAAACCAAGUUCUCCUGCUAAAAAGGCAGGGGGCAUGAAAGGAGGUACAUUUGAUCCUUAUCCAAGCCAUUCUGAUGAACCCUAUGUAAUUAAAAAAUCUAUGGCAGUCACAACUAAUAAAAGGGGACAGAUUUUUCAUCCUCCUCCUGGACCAAAAAGCAGACCUAUUAAAAGCAUAAUGACUUUAAACGUCACAAGAUCAUUAAAUGCAAUGAAUUACAAGACUGCAAGUUUGGCAUCAUACUAGGUACAAACAGUGAAAUGAAGUAUACUUUUUAAGCUCUGUAAACUCUUAAUAUGUUUGCUAGUCAACAUUU